CCGCGGCGGCGGGCGGGCCUCCCCUCCACGCCCCCGCCGUCCGCGCCCGGCACCCGCCCGCGCCCCGUGCCCGGGGACGGGGAGGAAAGCGAGAGCAGCCGGAGCCGGGGGGCCGCCGAAGAUGGGGAACACUACCUCGUGCUGCGUGUCGUCCAGCCCCAAGCUCCGGAGGAAUGCCCACUCCCGCUUGGAGUCCUACCGGCCCGACACCGACCUGAGCCGCGAGGACACAGGCUGCAACCUGCAGCACAUCAGCGAUCGGGAGAACAUCGACGAUUUGAACAUGGAAUUCAAUCCUUCAGACCAUCCUCGGGCCAGCACAAUAUUCCUCAGUAAAUCUCAGACGGACGUGAGAGAAAAACGCAAGAGUCUCUUCAUUAACCAUCAUCCUCCAGGACAAAUAGCAAGGAAAUACAGCUCCUGCUCCACUAUUUUCCUAGAUGAUAGCACAGUCAGUCAACCAAACCUCAAGUAUACAAUUAAAUGUGUAGCUCUUGCAAUAUAUUAUCACAUCAAAAACAGGGACCCAGAUGGAAGGAUGCUCUUAGAUAUUUUUGAUGAAAACCUUCACCCUCUUUCGAAAUCCGAAGUGCCACCAGAUUAUGACAAACACAACCCAGAGCAGAAGCAAAUUUACCGGUUUGUUCGGACGCUGUUCAGUGCUGCUCAGCUGACCGCUGAAUGUGCCAUUGUCACUCUGGUAUACCUUGAAAGACUUCUAACGUAUGCAGAGAUAGAUAUCUGUCCGGCCAACUGGAAGCGAAUUGUUUUAGGGGCGAUCCUGCUGGCCUCCAAGGUGUGGGACGACCAGGCCGUGUGGAAUGUGGAUUACUGCCAGAUCCUGAAAGACAUCACGGUGGAGGACAUGAAUGAGCUAGAGCGACAGUUUCUUGAAUUGCUCCAGUUCAACAUCAAUGUUCCUUCCAGCGUUUAUGCCAAGUAUUAUUUUGAUCUUCGUUCUCUGGCAGAAGCAAACAACCUGAGCUUUCCCUUGGAGCCCCUGAGCAGGGAGAGGGCUCACAAGCUUGAGGCCAUCUCUCGCCUCUGCGAGGACAAGUACAAGGACCUGAGAAGACCCACGAGGAAGCGGUCAGCAAGUGCUGACAAUCUGGCUCUGCCACGGUGGUCCCCGGCCAUCAUCUCCUAACCGCACACGUCCCGUGGAGGCCCUAUCAUCCCUCACUUUCUCCUUUAGUUUGAGAAAAAACAGACUUGGGAUGGUUUUGUUUUUGUUUUUUCCUUUCCUUUUCUUGUUUAGCUCAUAACUCCGUCAGGCUGCCUUGGUGACCCCCUCUGUGCUGUGUGGCCCGCACACAGCAAGGCUUCAAUUGUCAUCAGUAUUCUGGAAAUCCUGUGUGACGCCUUUCCCCACCAUCACUAACAGCACUUCCUUCAUGGAGGAAGCAGACUGUCAUCCUGGAGGAGGAAGUGAGGGGAAGGGAAAGUCGUGGAGAGGCAGGGAAAUGGUUCGGUGGCUCAGCCGUUUCUUAAGUCCCCGUCUGGUCAGUAGCCGAUAGGACGGAAGCCACAGCAGUAGAUAACAAAGUCGGAUGUGCAUUAAUGACACAAGUGCCGCCUGCACCAGCCCCGUGCGGGUCAGUGUGUUCUGUAAGACUUCCUGCAUUCCUUCGAGCUGCUUUUCUGGGAUUUGGGGGAUCUUUGUUUGUUUGAUUUUGUUCUGUUUUGGUUUUAGUCCCACAGAGCAGAGAAUAUAGUUUGUACCCACCAUGGCACAGACAUCCAAAUAAAUAGUACUGGUUGUUUCUCUCUGCACCAUUUUUGCAAGCUGUCUUCUGAGCCUCCUUCCUCAAAAGUGGGAUGUGCUUGUUAUAUUUCUGUACAUCUUUAUUUUAUACGUGUUUCUUCAACAGUGGCAAAAUUAACUUGACUGUAGUACUAAACCAAAAGUAUCCAUUUCCCUGUUUAUUCCUCACCCCGAGAAAAUUCUAGAUCACAUGGGUGCUUGUGCCUUCUGAUUUUCUUGCAGUUUUUUUCUCUUACCUGAAGUUGUAAUUACAAAAUCAGUCUGACUUUGUGGGCUGAAGGAAACAAUUUGCAGCAAAGGGUAUCCUUUGGAUGGGAAUUUUUGGAGAGAGCCAGGUGUUUGCCUGAAGUUACUGAGCAGGAACCGUUUCUUUGUACUCCCUGCCUAGUUCAUUCCUCUACUUCCAGCGUCCAUUGUUGCAAGCAAUAUUCUUCUCAAUUUUUAUAUGUUUACUUUAAAUCAAAGUUAGUCUAUUUGUAUAAAAUUUUUUAAAAAUCUAAAAUAAAAAAAACAAAGGUGGGCGGGUGUUUCAGUGGGAAGAUUGUUGAAAUGUUACUAUUUACUGAGGUAUUUUUCUCAGAAUGAUUGAAUAAAAAAACUCAACUUGCGUUUUCAUUUGUGGGUGCUUAGAGAAGUUAUGCAGAAUUCAAACUGUGAAGGUUUCAGCUUCAUUCAUCAUGACCGCACUUCACUUUCUGAUUGACUCCCCUGAUUUCCUUACGGGCCAGAUGAGAAUCUUUUAUAUCUAGUAAAACAAAAGGUUUAAUAUAGAACAUCAGAUAGGAAAUUUGAUAUUAAGUCUACGAAUCUGAGUCAUGAAUGCAUAUAACGCUUUGGGUUUUUGCAUAUUUCCUUAGGUUAUAAUGACAGAGGCUUCUGAGUUCUUGCUUUUUUCAAGUCUCUGUGAGGCAAAUGGCAGCAGAUGCUGUGUUUCACCUUCCUCCUACGUGAGCUUGGAAAACUUUGAAAUCUUGUAUUAAUUAGUGUUGAGUACCCUAAAACCAUACACCUGAUCCCCAAACAUGUCUGCUCUCAAUGAAAUGUGCUUUGAAAUGGAAGAGACUCAGAAAGUCAUGAUCCCAAGAACACCAAGCCAAAAGUGCUAGUCAGGUUUCAGUGAAAUUUGUAUUUUACAGAAACAUCACUUUGGGGGUCAGAAAUAUCAAGUUCUUUCUGGCCUAAAGUUUAAAAUGCAAACAAGCAAAAUAUGAAAAGUUAAUUACCUUUCCAUUGUAAUUGUGUUGAUACACUCUGUGUGGGUACCAAAAUGAGCUUCUCUCUUCAAGUAAGAGUUGGAUUUAGAACUUUGAAUACAGAUCUAAAAAUGUAGAAAAUAUCAUUUUAUAUUCCCUAAUCUAUAUAGCUUGAAAAGGGACAUAUUUUCUUAGAUGAAUAUGAAUACCUCUUAAACAUAAAUUAGUUCCUCUCAUGUAAAAUAUCUUAUUUUACCAAUCCAUUUCAGGAAAGAGGUUCUGCUGCCUUUAUAGCAGAAAUCUUAUUUUUAUCCCUUUCAUUUGAAUGAGAGAUUUGAAAAUUGAAUUAUGUAAAUAUUUCAAUGCAUCUGCUAUUAUUUUGUGGAGUUUAUUAAAACUACUUUCAAAAAUUGUAUAGUCUAUUUAUUGUAUGUAUGUACAUACAGUCUGAUACCUAAAAUUUCAAGUGGAUUCCGUAAAACCUGGCUCAGUCCUGUUGAGAUUAUUGAAUAUUGUUUUAGCCUUGUACACUGGACUCUACCUCUGUAUAGGAAAAUUUUCCAUGUUCAUUAAUUAGUGUUGAUCUAUAUUAAUUGGUUAUGUUUCUUGCAUUAAGGAUUUUUAAAACUCUGCUGUAAGUGUAGAUUUUAGUUUUACUUUUGCAGUAUGAAUCAUUUGAUACAUAGGUAGACACUUCAGGUUUGUUUUAUUUUAUUUUUCUAUGAUAAAGACUUAGGUUCUGUUCUCUGGUUUGUUCUAAGUUUGCCAAAACAAAACUCAAAACUAGUACAGUACCUAUUGAUAAAUCGUAGUGACUGUAAUUUGUUUGCAAGGUGAUACAGUGCCCUGCAAUUAAAGCUGGAUUGCUAUUUAGGAGCACAUUGUCUUAGUUUUUGAAUGAAGAGUUUUCGUCAUUAAUGAAGGAUGAAGAAAGCCACACAAUUUGUUGACUUUAAUUUUUGACUGACUUGAACAACAAAUAAAGUCAUUGGGACAAUAAAUGUAUAUCCCGAUGAAUUUUUUUGGCUUGUUUUACUUUUUUUUUUAACUAGGAAAAAGGAAAGAUGUCAGGGUUUAAACCAAAUUGGAGGGUAAGUUGAGAGAUCCCACCGGAUCUGGGAUGGGCGCCCUGGCUGUCAUGCGCUAGCUGAGGCCAGUGGCAGAGCCUGGCGCUGUUGUCUGUCUCCUCUUCUGGUCUAGCUGUCCUGCGUUUCUUCUCUUUCUGUGUGGCAGGGCCGUCUCCAUCUUGGGGUCUCCCUUGGUUCUGGGGAUUUUGAUCCUCAGCUGAGCUGCAAAGAAGAAUUUUGGGAGAGAGUGAUUUUGACUUUUCUUGCUGCUUUUGGUAACCUGUCACCUGGGGCCAUAUUUUACAGAUUUGAAUUUUUAAAAAAAUAAAAUAUGAUUCUUGGUUCAUUGUAGGUAUUUAACAAGUGUUAAAUAAAUAUAUGCAUAGAACAAA